GCUUCAUGGAAUAGACAAUUAUACCAGCUUAGUACCGCCGGUCCGCAUAACCUCGCAGCUCGUCCCGGGUAGUCACCUGGACCCUCACAAGACCAUUGACCAAUAAAACAGACUUGUAUAAAGCAAGAACUCUACCAAAUGUAACGACGAGCACACUCCCGCCUCGCUUAACGGGAAGAUGGUCCUCAAACUGUACGGCGAACACAUGUCCACGAAGACGCGCUCCGUCGCACAGAUCUGCAUCGAGAAAGACGUGCCCUUCGAGUUCGUCCAGGUCGAUAUCAACGCCGGCGAGCAGAAGCAACCAGAGAACAUUGCCAGGCACCCCUUUGGCCAGCUGCCGGUUAUCGACGACAAUGGCAUCCUCGUGUACGAGUCCCGCGCGUGUGCGCGGUACAUCGCGGCCAAGUACGCCGCGCAGGGUACACCGGGCCUUAUCGCGCUUCCGGAAACUACGGGGCGCGACGCGGAGAGGAUGGCGGCGUAUGCGGCAUUUGAGCAGGCCGCGCACGUCGAGGUGUGCAGCUUCGAGCCGUGGGCGUACGGGGUUGCAUGGGAGCGAGUGUUCAAAAUACGGCGAGGUCUGAAGACAGACGAAGCGCGAUUGCAGGAGAAUGUACAGAGGCUGGAGGAGAAGUUGGACGUGUACGAGGGUAUACUGGGCAAGCAGGCGUACCUUGCUGGCGAUCACGUCACGCUCGCAGACCUCUUCCACCUCCCCCUAAGCACGAUGCUCGAGGAGCGGUUCGAAAUGGACGUGUUCAAGCCCGAGGCGAGGCCCAACGUCGCGAGAUGGUGGAAGGAUAUAUCAAGCCGGCCGUCGUGGCUGGCUGUCAAAAACGGGGUGUAG